AUGACUAUCGCAGAGGAGUUCGCAACACGCAAUUUCAGUAUUUAUGGUCAAUGGACCGGCGUGGUAUGCAUACUUCUAUGCUUUGCCCUAGGAAUUGCGAAUCUUUUCCACGUAAGCUUGCUUAUCAUCUUCAGUGCGCUAUGCCUUGUGAGCUCUUUCCUCAUCAUCUUCAUCGAGAUCCCACUACUUCUCCGAAUCUGCCCCACAUCCUCGACAUUCGAUACCUUCAUGCGCCGAUUCACAACUAAUUAUAUGCGCGCCGCUAUCUACAUGGGAAUGGCUAUUGUACAAUGGCUCAGCAUCAUUAUUAAUGCAUCAAGUCUCAUCGCCGCAGCGGUCCUCCUCACCAUUGCAGCAGGUUUCUACGCAUUAGCUGGGGCCAAAGGACAAGGAUUUGUGGGAAGCAAAACACUUGGAGGUCAAGGUGUCGCACAAAUGAUUCUAUAA